AUGCCCGGUCGCCUAAGAGUCCAGCGGCCUUCUCCCACCACGGUCAGCUUCACCGUCUCGAAUGCGCCUAGGCGCUCCAGUUCGCCCGCGAAGAUCCUCUUUGGCCUCCAGGUUCUCCUACGCGCAAUUCUCUUCUGCUGCGUGAUCAUUGUUGGAACUACGCGUUUACGACACGCGUUCUUCUAUCAGGAUGGUCGGUUUAUACCUUGGCAGGAAGUGUGGUCGACUUCCCUCGGGUCCAAGAUCUGCGAUCUGGUGGAUACUUACGACAACCCGUGGGCAAUCGCAGUUAUCAGCGCCGUGGUGAUUUACGGAGUUUUCAGGAGAGGAUAUACUGAGGAAUCGCUCCUGGUUAUCCGCGGCUUCGGUAUCCAAACUUCCACCUCAUCCUCCACCUAUCUUUCGACAGCCGCGACCAGGUUCAUUCCUACCACGCAGAUUCAAGAUAUCAUCAUUCAUGAAGCCUUCAAGGGCUUUGAGGUUCGAUUCUAUCUGGCGGUCAUUGUAGAAGGCGAGCCCGACGUCUUGGUGGUCUUCCCGCAAAUGCUACCAAAGCGAGAGAUUUUAGAAGAAGUAUGGAGAGGUUCUCGGCGUUGUCUCUAUGAUGCAAAGUCAUGA